CGCAACUCAAGAGUGACGUGUCCUCUCUACCUAUCUUUAUAUCUAUGAUUGAGCUGGUCUGUGGUAAGGUUUUGCAAAUGGAGGUUGCGGAAAAUCUUUGAACGACAAUAGGAAUCCCUUGAAAAAGAGGUUCUUCAUCUCAGUGGGCUAUCUUCUGGUACAUGUACACCAUGUCGGAUUCUCUGUAUGAGAAGUUUCUGGCCCCAGAGGAGCCUUUCCCCCUCCUCUCCCAGAGAGCCAACCUCAGCGAUGUGGGGACCUUGGACGUCAGUGAUUUCAGCUGUCAGCUCUCAUCCUGCCAUAGGACGGACCCCCUUCGCCGCUUCCACGGCAACAGGUGGAACCUCACUUCCUGUGGCACUAGUGUGGCUAGCUCCGAAUGCAGCGAAGAGCUCUUCUCUUCGGUGUCUGUGGGCGAACAGGACGACUGCUACUCCCUGCUGGAUGAUCAGGAGCUGACGUCCCUGGACCUGUUUCCAGAGGGCAGUGUUUGCAGUGAUGUUUCCUCCUCCAUCAGCACGUACUGGGACUGGUCUGAUAGCGAGUUUGAGUGGCAGUUGCCAGGAAGCGACAUCACUAGCAACAGUGACGUUCUGUCCGACAUCAUUCCGAGUGUCCCGAAUUCACCUUGUUUGGUUCCCAAGAGGAAGCCGAAACCCCACCCUCACCGCAACCUGGAUGAGCUGCCAUGGAGUGCCAUGACCAAUGAUGAACAAGUGGAAUACAUCGAGUACUUGAGUCGUAAGGUCAGCACGGAAAUGGGCCUGCGAGAGCAACUGGACAUCAUUAAGAUCAUCGAUCCCUGUGCUCAAAUCUCCCCCACGGACAGCGAGUUCAUCAUCGAGCUCAACUGUCUCACUGAUGAGAAACUCAAGCAGGUACGCAACUACAUCAGAGAACAUGGCCCGAGGCAGAGGGCCAGCAGCACUAGAGAGGGUUGGAAGAGGAGCAGCCACAGCAGCGCCAGCACAGGUGGCGUCAGCGGGGUCAGCAGCAGUAACGCCAGCAUGGUCAGCUCCGCCAGCUCCUCUACCAGCUCCACGGCCUCCAACUCUGUCGCAGGUGGAACAGCUUCAGCCUGCAGUGGCAGCAGCAUUGCUAACAUUAGCAGAGCUCACAGUGACGGCAAUCUUUCCAGCGCUGCAGAACGCAUCAGAGAUUCUAAAAAACGUUCGAAGCAGCGCAAGCUCCAGCAGAAAGCCCUGCGCAAGCGUCAGCUGAAGGAGCAACGGCAGGCCCGUAAGGAGCGUCUGAGCGGCCUGUUCCUUAACGAGGAGGUGCUGUCGCUGCGGGUGACCGAGGAGGACGACCGCGCCGACGACCUGGACGUACUCAUGUGACACCAGUGAAUGAAUCAGUGCUCCCUCUAACGCCCGUAGAGCUUGGCAUGCUUAGUUUAGUGUUGGCUAACACGACCGUUUGGCUUUGCUGUUACUAAGAGCUUCUAGUAGCUCAUGCUAAACGUGAUCACUUAUACAGUUAAGGUUUGACUAAACUACUCACAAAAAAGUUAGGGAUUUUGGGCUGUUUGGGGAAAUAGGAUAAAGCUAAAAUGCAGGUGACCUUAAUUUGAGUCAAUUCUGAAUGCACCUGGUUUUAACUGUUCAGUUUUUCUUUCUUCUUUUUGCAUAACGUGUUCUCCCCAAAAAGAUCUGAGCAGGAAAAAUCACAAGAGCUGUUUGAUCCAUGAACAUUUUCAACGAUGUCCAUUUCUGCGAUUCCUCUAUUCUUUAUCUCCUUUGCAACCUGCUGAUGACACGCAUGACGCUCUGCUCAGUGGCCAACAUCCUCCGCCCAACAGUAGAUCAACAAAUGUGGGCACUGAACUUAGUUUUCAGUGUCACCAGGAGGUUGCAAUAGAGACUGGAAGAGUCACAGAAAGGCAGUUGUGGCAUUCAGCUCCUUGUUAGAGAACAGCAAGUUGUGUAAAAAACACUGAAACAUUGAACAAGUGGAUUCAAAAGUUUAGAGGUCAAAUUAAGUUCACCUGAAAGCCCAAUAUCCCAACAUUUUUGUGAGUAAUGUACGAGAGGCAGUCAAAAAGUAACGGGCCCAAUUUAAUUUAACUGACUAAUAAUUGCAUUUUUUUGCAAUUCACUAUAUUCACUGUUUGGAGUUUCAAUACUUGUUUAAAAAAAAUAAUAAUAAUAAAGCUUUGUUUAAGCCUAUCCUCUUCCUGUCAGCCUUUUUGGAAAUGACAUCAUUGGAUGGUAGUCAGAAGCAGAGAGCUGUGAUUGAAUUUCUUGCUUUGGCUGGGGAAUCACCAUUAAACAUUUUCAGAAGGUUGGAAAAUGUGCAUGGGGUUAUGGUUAUGUCAUGAAUGAUGACGCAUGAUGGUGAUGUCAUCAAUGGGGACUGUACGAUCUUCUCUGAUCAGUGCUGCUGCUGUUCCUCUGCUUGUCAUAGAGGUCACUCAAAGCAGGCUCUUGUUCUUCACCUUUGAUCCUGGACCCCACUUUUUUAUUUAGCUGCAGCCUAUUGCAGCUUCCCCAUAUACAAAACUCAAUUAUUGGUAGGCUAAAUUAAACUGGACUCAUUACUUUUUGACUACCCCUCAUAUAUUUAAACUUGGCCGCUGUAAUAGGCUAGAAGCUUGGAUAUUGUAGAAACUAAAUUUAGCUGCGCUAAGCUCACUCACCGCUCCCUGAAACGCCAGGUCGAAAGUGUGAAGCGGACCAAGCUGAGCUUUGCUGUCGGUCUAAUUUGUAGUUCCAUUCUGCUGUUAAGGCUUAGAGGGAGCAUUGAACCACAUGCAUGUUAAAGCCCGCGCCGCCUCUGUAUGAUUCAGUAACCUUCAGCAUUGUUCCUUUUCCAGUCCAUCCAUUAACCAAAUAAAUGUAUGUGUUGUAAAUAAUUGCAUAUUUACUGCUUGUUUUCAUCUUAGCCCCAGCGAUAAUGGUUUAAUUAAAUGGGUUUUCCCCUCUCUAUGUGUAAAAGUAGUGAUGCUAUUCAAAUUUAGUAGUAUUUUUAUUCAUAUUUAGAGUCGAUAGUUUUGUUGGUUUAAGCAAUUUUUCACCCCCUGAUAGCACUCCGAAUGUAACUCUGCCACGCACAGAUGAAUGAAUGAAUGAAUCGACGGUCUUAUUGGAAGUCUUAUCACAGAGUGUGUUCAUGUACCGUACUGUGCACGGCUACCACGGUUUCUGAAUUCUCACGUCAAGCUAAUAACUCCUUGAAUUGAUAUACAAGGUCUGAUGCCUUUGUAAGUCAUAACCUUUUGGUUCGCUCCAUCUCUUAACAGCCUUGAUACGUCAUUAUAUACUCUAACUUUGGCUCUCCUGAAUUGAUUUUUAAUUGCAGCAAUUCUUCUUUUCAAAGCAGUUCUAUGUAUUCUGUAGUGUUUAAGUAGUAAAAUUCUAUUUUGGGAAGCAAAAAGAUAAUUUUGAAAAGAAAAAAGUCACAGUGUGAUGCAAUGAAAAUGUGUAAAUAAUGUUUUGCUGAUUAUGACAUUAAAAUGAUUGAUGAAAAUGUCA